GUCUUUGAAUGGACGCCGCGUGACACCCCCGUGAGAGCUGCGGUGCGACGCGGCGCGGCGGGCUGCAGGUGUAAAAGACACAAUUGUAGGUGUUCCUUCACUCCGAAAAAGACAUUGGAAGAGGACGAAUGGAGAGGGAGUGGGCUGAUCCGCGCACUGCGACGUAAGAGGCCGGCACUAAGCGCCAGGCGCCACUUCCCAGCUUGGGCUUUCCAGAGCUGCUUGACAGGCAGGCAGCAGCGGGACGACAAACUCGGACAACUCCGCCGCUUCUCCGUGGAUGGUGUCGCUUCCAGCCUCACUCCGAAAUGCUGGGGACCGUCAAAAUGGAAGGACACGAAACACCAGACUGGAGCAGCUACUACAAUGACGCGCAAGAGGUAUACUCAUCGGUGUCCAACAGCGGCAUGAACCCGGGGCUCGGCUCCAUGAACUCCAUGAACGGCUACAUGAGCAUGAACAACAUGUCCAGCGGCGCAGGCAACAUGACCCCGAGCUCCUUCAACAUGUCCUACGGUAACGGCGGCCUCGGGGCAGGACUGAGCCCCAGUUCCAUGGCGGGUAUGGCCCACGGCGCCACGAACGCAAUGAACGGGAUGGCGGCGGGGGUGUCGGCGAUGGGCGCAGCCUUGAGCCCCAGCAGCAUGAACGCCAUGGCGGCCCCCCAGGCUUCCAUGAACGCCCUGACCCCGUACUCGAACAUGAGCCCGGCCAUGAGUCCCAUGGCCUACUCGCAGCCCAGCCUGAACCGCAGCCGGGACACGAAGACGUUCCGCCGAAGUUACCCGCACGCCAAGCCGCCCUACUCGUACAUCUCCCUCAUCACCAUGGCGAUCCAGCAGUCGCCCAGCAAGAUGCUGACCCUGAGCGAGAUCUACCAGUGGAUCAUGGACCUCUUCCCUUACUACCGACAGAACCAGCAGAGGUGGCAGAACUCCAUCCGACAUUCGCUCUCCUUCAACGACUGCUUCGUCAAGGUGGCCCGCUCUCCGGACAAGCCGGGCAAAGGCUCCUACUGGACCCUGCACCCCGACUCGGGGAACAUGUUCGAGAACGGCUGCUACCUGCGCCGACAGAAAAGGUUCAAGUGCGACAAGCGCCUCUCCGGCAAAUCGUCCCAGGAUCGCAAGGAGCCGUCCAGCGGCUCGGGGUCCCCGUGCCACGAAAACGGAGGCAGCAAAGGCAGCCAGAUGCAGGAUUCCAGCUCCAUGUCCAACUCCAACCAGUCAUCCGGCAGCCCCCAGAACAACCUGGAGCGCGGAGGCGGCGGUGGGGAGCUGAAGAGCGGCGCGCCCGUCCACCCGGCGGUCAGCUCGGCCACGGCACUGGCGUCCAUUCCGCUGACCCCUCACCCCCUGUCUCACGAGCCGCAGCUGCACCUCAAAGGCGACCCCCACUACUCCUUCAAUCACCCCUUCUCCAUCAAUAACCUGAUGUCGUCCUCGGAGCAGCAACAUAAGCUGGACUUGAAAGCCUACGAGCAGGCGCUGCAGUACUCGCCCUACGGCUCCGCCAUCUCUGCCAGCCUGCCGCUGGGCAGCGCCUCCAUGGCUGGCAGGAACGGCAUGGACGCGUCCUCUCUGGAGACCUCGUACUAUCAAGGUGUGUAUUCUAGAGCCGUGCUAAACACCUCCUAGCCUUGACACCCCAGAGACCCGGCACGGGACAGACGAGCAGAGGCGGGGGGACGGACGGACGGACAGGCAGAGACAUGGAAUGCAAACAUUUCAUUUCAUUUUUGCACUCAUCGGGGACCUGUUACUUCUUUAUUACUGUACAAAGACAAGACACGUGUGUGUGCGGGUGUAUAUAUAUAUAAAUAUAUACAUAUAUAUAAAUAUAUCAAAUCAUAUUGUGUACAAAUUCCCUCUCCUAAAGACUUGCCCAAUCCGUGCAAGAGAGUGCGGGUCCAGUGUACUCUGAAAGAAAACUUGCAGACUUGGGACACGUGUGUUGUUCAACUUUAUGAAAAAGAAGACGACGGCGGAUAAAAGGAGGAGGAUUGUUACCCUUGUCCAAAUCUUGUUUACAUGUAUGUUGCAAUAUAUGUGGAAUCGGAAACGGGAUGGAUAUUCACGCGGAAGGCUGGAAUUGGGAAAGCGAGAGAGAAAGAGAAACGGUGUGUGGGGGCGCGCGCGCGUGCACGGCCGUCAGCGUGUGCGCCCGCUUGUGUGUGCGUCAAUGUCUGUUUGUAUGCGCGUCCCUGCUAGCGGCGUGGAUGAUGCGUUUGUCCGUUUGCUCUUCUUCCUCCAUGCCUCCGUUCAUUUUUCCUUGAGUAUCCAUCGAGCUCUUUAAUGUCAAACGUGUCUGCACGCAGUAACACUUCCACAGGUUGUAAACGACAAAGCAUUUUUACUGGAAUAUGCUCACAUUCAUUCAUUUUAAAUAAAAUAUGGACUGAACUGUUAAAGCUACAAACAAUAACAA